UUUGAUGUAGAUUUAUGCAUGUGAAUUGAGGCUAAAAUAUGUACUUUAAAUCAAAAUUAAUCGUUUUUAUGAGAUGUUGAUUGGCCCUUGAAAAUUUUGGGGCCCGUUUGCCUAAUGGUAAGUCCGCCCCUGCUUUGGACACCCCUUCAUUACACCUUUUGGCUCUUUUUUUCAACUGUUUUGUUAGUUUUCUUAUUAAACUGUACAGUGCAACCUGCCCUGUUUUCGUAUGAUUCAUUUUUUGACCAAAAUUAUUGCCAAAAAUAUGUGUUUGUGCACACUUUCUCGAUUAUCGUAUGGCCAAACAGUGCACACAGCUAGCACACAUUGGUGACUCAGUCUUUGGGAAGAAUGGAUAGUAGUUUUUUUUAAAGUUGGGACACUAUACUGUAGACAGAUUUCAGCCAGGGAAUCUUUUAAUCAUCUUUAUUAUGUGUGUGUGUGUGUGUGUGUGGUUUAUGUGCGCACACAGAACAAUGAACAACCACUUUGUCCACUGUGCCGUGUGCUGAUGAGGCAUUGAAGUGCACAGUGUACUUUCUCAGUGUUGUUGUUGUGUUUUUUUUUUUUAAGGUGAGGAACACGACUGAAUUCAAGAAAGGAGGAGGAAGUGAAGCUCCCGAGCCAUCGGAGAGAAUGUUCCCACCGCCUUCACAGGCAAAGGCAACACCAAGACGGCAAAGAUCAUUCCCUGUGCUGUGGAUAGUGGAAACAGAUGCUACAGAGGCGAGAAGAGGAUGCAUUUUGCACCUUAGGUCUUCAGUGAAGAAAAUGCGGCUUGUCCUGUGUGCAGCCUUGCUGCUUUACCUUAAAGGGUCCGAGGGUGCAGAGCCCAGGUCAAAGUGUCCCACGAGGUGUGAUGUGAGUACCUGCCCAAGCCCCAGCUGCCCCAGCGGCUAUGUGCCCGACCGCUGCAACUGCUGCCUGGUGUGCGCCUUGGGGGAGGGCGAGCCGUGCGGCCACAAGGAUGACCUGCCCUGCGGGGACGGGCUGGAGUGCAGACACCCGGCCAGCAAGCUUCUGCUCAAGGGCUUCUGCCAGUGCAAACUGAGUCAGGAAGUGUGCGGCAGCGACGGCAAGACAUACGGGAACGUGUGCCAGCUGAAGGCCACCAGCAGGAGGGCGCUGCAGCAGGGGUUGCCUGGAAUCACCCAAGUCCAAAGAGGAGCCUGUCAGACCAGCAUAGCCAGUAUAGGUCCGACACACGCUGCCAGCCCUCGAUACAAGUUCAAUUUCAUCGCUGAUGUGGUUGAGAAGAUUGCACCAGCUGUGGUCCACAUAGAACUCUUCCUCAGGCACCCUCUUUUUGGACGGACCGUCCCUCUGUCAAGCGGAUCAGGCUUUGUGAUGUCAGAACAGGGCCUGAUUGUCACCAAUGCUCAUGUGGUCUCCAGCACCACACCAGUGUCCGGUCAACAGCACCUCAAGGUCCAGAUGCACAACGGUGACGUGUAUGAAGCCAGCAUCAGAGACAUCGACAAAAAGUCAGACAUUGCCACCAUCAAGAUCAACCCUCAGACAAAGCUGCCAGUUCUGCUGUUGGGUCACAGUGCAGACCUGAGGCCCGGCGAGUUUGUGGUGGCCAUCGGCAGCCCCUUCGCCCUCCAGAACACCGUCACCACCGGCAUCGUCAGCACCGCCCAGAGGGAUGGCAAGGAGCUGGGCCUCAGGGACUCUGACAUGGACUACAUCCAGACAGACGCUAUUAUCAACGUGAGGCUAGUGACUGGUUGGCAUAGGUGCUCCCAAGAGAAUCAGAAUAACACGUCAUGUUUUUCUUCUCAGUACGGGAAUUCUGGAGGGCCUCUUGUCAAUUUGGAUGGCGAGGUGAUCGGCAUCAACACCCUGAAGGUCGCCGCGGGCAUCUCCUUCGCUAUUCCUUCAGACAGGAUCACGCUCUUCCUGAACGACUCCCUGGACAAGCACAGCAAAGACAUCCGGUCAAUAAAGAAGCGUUUCAUUGGAAUCAGGAUGCUGACCAUCACACCAGCGCUAAUUGAAGAACUAAAACAGCAGAACCCAGACUUCCCGGAUGUUACCGCUGGGAUCUACGUCCACAAGGUUGUCCCUCACUCACCCGCGCAGAAAGGCGGCAUCAGAGACGGCGACAUCAUUGUCAAACUGAACGGCCGACCACUAAUGACCACAGCCGACCUGCAGGGGGCACUGCAGGAAGAGACGGCACUCCUGUUGGAGGUCAGGAGGGACAAUGACGACCUGCUCUUCAACAUUGAACCAGACGUCAUCAUGCAAUAGAUGCUUCCCGGGACUUGACGAAACCAAUACAGGAGACAAAGUUUCGGUUUGCCAGCUCAGGACCCCCGAAUACCCUUAAAACUGCAAAGUACUUGACUGUAUCACUUUGGCAGAGUGUGCAUGAAAAUUCCUUUUGAGACAUCUCUCGUUGCACAUUAAAUUGGUUGUGAAAGGUGAAAUUUACUGAUCAUUUGGUAGCAGGUUAACAUUCAAUAAACUGUAAGGAAGAAUUGGUUAUUGUAUCCGGGGUCAACAUGGCAACCGCAGGAUGCCAUCUUCCUUCAGGAGCCUCAAAAUGAUUUUGAAUGUUGUGGGAUUUUGUCGCUUUAAUGUUUUAGUGAACACGUUGAAUGUAGCUCACGAGCAAUGCACAGAACAUUGACUAUAUAACGGUCAUAAACAUUCCAAAGUUGCCAUGUUGGAAUGUAAAGAAGGGGAUUGGGGGACAAGGUUCCUUAACAGACAGAUGGAAGUUGAUUACCUCGUGAAGGUUGGAGGUAAGACGCUCAGACCCUUCCAGGAACCUCCUGAUGAGAAAGCCACCUCUUGGAAUUCUUCACCUUCUAAAGAGAAAGCCGCCUUCCUCCACUGAGAGGUCUAGUUCUUCAGGGUGCAUCAAGGUCUUCUAGGUGGAGAGCCGGAAACCCGAGAUGAGGCGGAGAUGAUAUCCCAUUUGGCUGCGCCAGGAACGCUUUCAGGAGCAGCGGGAAGAAAAAGAGGGACGAGAUUAUCAUGUUACGUGAUUUCACAAACUAUUUCUGUUGUAUCCUUUCAUUAGAGGCUUUUGGGUGUGCAAACACACAGCAGCUGACUUUGAAAAGCAGACAUGCUUACUGAGCGCUUCAAACAGUCGCUGCUUGAGCUGGCUAUAAAUGUAAAUGUGUGCUGGCCUACAAAACCAUGAUAACAGCCUUCCAUAGUGUUGCUUUUGGCUUGUUUGCAUGUCU